AUGUUCACACCGCUCGGACUUUUUGAGGGAAUCCCUUGUCCGCAGGGAGAACGAUGUGCUCUUUUGAGAUGUCUCUUCUCCCAUGAAAGCAACGAACCCCGUUCAGCUGGGGAUAGUACUCCGAAAAUUCGUGCCUCAGGUGACGAUGGCCCGCCUUCAAAAAGAGCCAAGUUGGACCAGAGCGCUGAAAAGGCGCAGGUUCCGUGCUCGAAUUCGUCCGACGAAAACACACGUGAAAUGACGAGACGUCAAAGUGGGGUUCAAGGCAUCUCGGAGCUUCAGUCUAUCACUCGAGAGGUUACACCACCGGCUCCAAGUCAUUCUGAGCUUUCAAGGUCUUCGUGGCCUGUACCUUCGAAAGCCACCACUGCUGUGCCAUCCAAAUCCAAUGCAUCGAAAACCGAGUCCAAACCUAACAACGCUGCACCUUCUGAAUCUUCAGCCAAACUACCUCCUCGAAAGGCUCCGAAGGAAACAUUGAACCCGCGCAUGCUCACUAAAGCACCAACAAGCCAUGUGGGCCGCACUGCCAUCCUGAAGAAGCUGCACGGUGCGAUGACGGCACACAAUGAAAAGCUUCGAAAGGACAAGAACAGCGCGAACAAAUGUUUCAUCCUGACUCCGGAUGAACUGGUGACAAUGGCACUGGACGAGGAGGAAAAGACGGCGAAGGAUAACCCGGGAGUAUAUGGUAACGUGAUCAAACUUCGAAUCGUGAAACUGAGCAAGAUGGGCAUCGAGGAGUGGGUGAAGGAGGUGAUGGAUCACCUGAAUACGCGAUACUACAGCAUCAAGCCCAUCCAAAAGCCGGAUACCAAACCCAGUACUCUCGCCACGGGCAUGACCGUCGAAGAAGAACUCGCGACUGUCCCCUUUCUCAUCACACCCAUCACUGGCUACGAACAGUACGGUUAUGUGACGAAAGCGCCUACGGAGACCGAGAUAGCAGUCGCCAAGGAAGGAGUCGAUAAGUCCAAUGGCUGGGAGAAGUGCGACCGAUGCGGUGGCCGGUUCCAGGUCUUCCCAGGUCGCCGCGAAGACGGCGUCUUGACCACAGGCGGCACAUGUACCUAUCAUCCAUUUCGCCCCCUCUACCCUCAGCGCAAGAAGACAGACCAUGUCACCGGUUCUCAAGAGCCAUACUACCCCUGCUGCAAUGAGCCAAUGGGGACCUCGAGUGGCUGCACAAAAGCUGACAGCCACGUCUUUAAGGUGUCAGAGACCAAGCGUCUUGCAUCAGUGCUCCAAUUUGAGACGACCCCACGACAGCCCGAGAAAGGACCCCUCGAGCCAGUCUGUGUUGAUUGUGAGAUGGGCUAUACAUCCAUGGGAAUGGAACUAAUUCGACUCACUGCUGUCAGCUGGCCUGAAGGUCGUGAUCUGCUCGACGUUCUCGUCCGACCAAUAGGCGAAGUGCUGGAUUUCAACUCUCGCUUUUCCGGUGUCUUUCAGCAACAUUAUAUCGACGCCAAACCAUACGGUACGACAGUGUCCACCGCAGAUUUACCUACCAAGGAAGGAAUGGGCAGACCCCAGCCACCGUUGCAGCUUGUCAAAUCCCCCGCUGAAGCGCGAGAUUUGCUGUUCAAACUACUCCAGCCUGAGACGCCACUUAUCGGCCACGCAAUCGACAAUGAUCUGAAUGUCUGCAGGAUCAUCCACCCCACAAUCAUUGACACUGUCCUGUUAUACCCUCAUCCAAGAGGUCUUCCCAUCCGCAACAGUCUCAAAAGCCUGGCUUCCAGGCAUCUUGGUCGUGAUAUCCAGACUGGGGUUCAUGGGCAUGACUCCAGGGAAGACUCGGUCACCACUGGUGAUUUGGUGAGAGUGAAGGCGCGCGAGAAGUGGAAGGAUUUAAAUAAGAAUGGAUGGAAGUUUGAGAAUGGGAAGCUGGUUCCUCCUGGCUAA